UGGUGCGGGAGCGCGCCGCAGUGGGUGGCAGCAGGGACUGCGUGUAGCGCGGAAGGAGGGAGCGAGAGCGAGAACCUUAGGUGUGGACCGAGUGCGUGCGUCACCAAUUAGCUCCAGUAAACAGAAGUUCCUGGAGGCAUGGUGAACUGGAGUCGUCGCUCGGCGUGCAAAGGGGAAGCGUUCGGCAAAGCCCCAAUAGCAUUACCAUCUCUUCCCAACUUGUCCGUGGGAAAUCUCCGGGUUCUGGCCAGUGGACCGGGGGCUGAGCGAGCCUCUAGAAAACUCGUCAUUGUCGUGCAUUGACUUGCCGUGCCCGAGUUGCAGCUGCAGACAACCAACGGACAUUGCAGACACGGCUGACCGAAGCAGACUAGAUAUGCCAGCACCAGCUGAUCCGGACCAUAUCCUUACGAACGGGCACAGCCCGACCGAGCAGAGCUCGUACCGGACCUCAGAUCUCAGUCAGUACGCGGUGAAGAGUUCCGCACUGGAUGUCGUCCCCGCCCCCGAUCCGGAAGAGGUGGGCCAGGCGCCACCUCCAUCCGAGGUCGCCCUGCUGGAGGACGUGCUGGUGGGCCUGCCGCCCGCCGACCCCGGUGCGGGCCGGCCCGAGUACCACCUGCUGCCGCACUCUGUGCCCGACAACUCGCUCUACUGGCCGGACGGCGAGGCGGACAGCGUGCUGCCGGUGGAGGCGCUGUUCGAGCAAGUGUCGCGGCGCGGCAGCAGCGAGAGCUUCCCCGAGGUGAAGGUGACGCUCCCGCCGCGCCGCUAUCGCCGCAUGGUGUCCUACAGCCGCACCGCCCUCGCGCCGCUGUACGGCGCCGAGCCGGAGCGGAGCUCCUCCAUCCCGGUGCACCUGGACCAGAUCAGCCAGGACCCGUCGGCGGGGGGCGGGUUCACCACGACACAGAAGAAGAUCCUGCUCUGCAUCGGUCUGGGAGAGCUGCUGCAGGGCUGCUGCGGUGCCGUCCUCAUCCCGUUCUUCCCCACUGAUGCCCAGAACCGCGGUGUUUCGGAGUCGGUGAUUGGUCUCGUGUUCAGCAGCUACGCGCUCACGCAGCUGGUGAUGACCCCGGUGACGGGUAAACUGAUACCAAAGUUUGGAAUGACUCAGGUUUUGUACUUCGGUCUGUUGUUGGCCGGGCUGGCUACCAUUGGGUUUGGGGCGCUGGACUUCGUGGCGAACGACACGCUGUUCAUAGCACUGUGUUUCGUCGUUCGGAUCAUUAGCGCCGUUGGAGCCUCGCUCUUCGUGACGUCAUCGCUGACAUUCGUCGCGAAUCAGUUUCCAGAUAACCUGAACUCGGCUGUGGGGGUGGUGGAGACGUGCUCAGCUAUCGGGGUCUCGAUAGGGCCGGCCAUCGGCGGCGGCCUGUACGAGCUGGGCGGUUACGGUCUGCCGUUCUACGUCCUUGGUGGCGUCCUGCUGCUGUGCGUGGUCCUGAACCUGUGGCUCAUGCCCUGGAUUGUCCACGACGCUGAGUCUCGUCCGGACAUGGCUCGGAUGGCGCGCGUGCUGGUCCGCUCGCCCGAGAACUGGCUCUGCAUGUUCGCGCUCAUCACCAUCUCCAUCAACUGGUCGGCCAUGGAGCCCGGCAUCCAGCCGUACGCCACCAGCAAGCUGGGCAUCACGGUGCCCCAGAUGGGUCUGUACUUUCUGGUGGCGUCCGGCGCAUACGCUCUGAUCAGUCCCAUCUGGGGUAAGCUCGCCGACAUAGCGACCAACACGUAUAUUCAGACGUCGCUGUGUCUGGUGGGCUCGGCCGUCAGCCUGCUGGUGCUGGCGCCGUCGCCGAUGCUGAAGCCGCUGCAGCCCACCUGGCUGCUGCUCGGCGUCGGCAUGACGCUGAAUGAGGUCUUCACUGCCGGCGCCUUCAUCCCGCACUUCAGCAACAUGCUGACUUCGACCAUUGCUCACGGACUGGAGGACGACGUCGCCACCCAGUCGUUCGUCUCCAGCGUGUGGUGGGCCGUCUUCUCCAUGGGGAGCGUGCUGGGACCGGCGUUCUCAGGAGUAAUCACGGAAGCCUACAGCUUCCCAAUCAUGAUGACAUGCAUCGCUGUCAAUACUUUGGGCUGUGCGUUGCUGACGAUGCUGCAGGCGUGCCACGUCGGCGGCGGCUGCUGCAGGACGAUUCGGAGGAAGCUGGUCGGGAGCCGUAGUGAUCCAGAGCGGCAGCCGCUACUCGAUGGCCGCGACAGGCGCGCUAGUGUGUAGCCCGACCGCAGCGCCGCCUGUUGGUGUACCGCCAAUGUGCGGUUCCGAUUUCAGCCGAUAGGAUCCGUACACUGCGUGCGCCGCCGUGUGAGAUAUGAGGCCAGUACACAGCUACCGGAUGUGCACGUCACCAGCAAGAAGAGGCUGUGCUGAAUUGUAUGUUAAGUUGACGCCAUAUGUUGCUUAUAAAGCAAACGAUACGGACGCAUGGCAAUGCUGGCGUUUUAGCGCGAACUCCCUGUUAUGUGAACAUGGACCCCUACACGCUAAGGUAUUCCAUGAAGUCCUAGGGACUCCUGCGCGAACCUGCAGGUAGUAUUCACUGCUCCUUAGGCUGUAAAGUGUAAUCAGUGUGUGUGUAUAUCGCGACAAUAUACA